CGCAAAGUCUGAGACGAACCUUGUCAAGGCUGCUGCUGCCUCCAAGUUUACUGAACGUUUCGUCCAGAGCAUUUGGGGCGCGCCUGCUCCUGCUGAGCAAGUCCUUCCAUUCUGUUUGACGUUGAUCGGCGGUUAAUGAAUUGGAACCAGAGCAGCAGCAUACAUGCCCCAUAUUCCUCUCCGCCAGGGCGUACAGGACGAGCUCCGCAAGACCAAUCUUGAAUGGACCCAGGUUCACAACGGCUACUUCAUGGACUACUACGGCCUCCCCCACUUGAAGUCUCACUUGACCCCCCCUCCCUUUGCUAUCGAUGUCGACAACAAGGCUGCUACAAUCCCUGGCUCUGGAGAUGACAAGAUGGUCUUCACCUACACCUACGACGUUGCCAGAUUCGUCGCCGAGGUCUUGACCCUGCCCAAGUGGGACGAGAUUACAACCAUCGUCGGUGACCGCGUUACCCUGAACGAAUUCGUACAGCUUGCCGAGGAAGCUAGAGGCACCAAGUUCAAUGUCGUUUACGAUGACAUGGACAAGCUUAAGAAAUUUCAGACUUCCGAGUUGCCCUCUCACGCUUCCAUCUACCCUUACUUUCCCAAGGAGAAGUUGCAAUACAUGUUUGCUGCUUUCGGUAUGUGGGUUGUCGGUGGUUACUUCAAUCUGCCUAAGCACAAGGCUAUCAACCACAAAUUUCCCAAUGUCAAGCCUUUGUCAGUCAAGCAGAUGUUGGAGACUUCUUGGCAGAACAGAUGAAAGGCACGGAUAAUAGUAUGUAGUAUAAAGAAAUCAGUCUACAGAUAUCGAAACACAGCUUUACUCCUUCUUGUCUGCAA